AUGCGAACUGCCACAUCCUCUACACCCGUUAGCCAAACUAACACUUUAACCUCAGCAGCCAAAUCUGAUAUGGAUAGUGAUGAUUCCAGUCGAAAGUCAGGAGAUGCUGUUAAAUACCUAGCUAAAGUUGGUGUUGUAAGUAAUUCAGUUAACCGAAAGCGUCUUUCACGUCGAGGAAAAUCUGCUCAUCAAAAAAUGUCCAUGGAAGUUCUGAAUACUAAUGAUACAAACAGUGCACUCUCUGAUGAGAUUCAAGAAGAUGAUGGUCUUGAUCUUACAAAUGAUGAACGUCACCAUCUUCUAUCUUUUUUCAACGAUGCUGUGAUGGAGGAACUUACUCUAAUGCCAGGAUGUUCUCGAAAAACUGCACAGGCGAUUAUCAACAUGCGUCCGUUUAAAAAUACAGCAGAAUUGGUUACUCAACUCUCAGGAGUUCGCCAUCUCUCUUCAAAUUUAUAUGAGUACUGUAAAAAUAUUUUACAGAUCCGUUCUUCGGUUGUCCGUUUGCUAAGUAAAUGUGAACGCUUAACUGAAAAAGUUGCUGGUCAUGCAGCACGUUUACUUAAAAAUACGAUCAGUUUGCCUGAGAAUAUUACCGCAGAUCAAAAUAAAGCUGAUGGCAUUGAUCAUGAACGUGAUGAUUUUGCAAUAAACAAAACAAACGGUGGUCCGAUUCAACUGUUGACUCAACAGCCUGCUAUACUGAACCCCUUGCGUGAAUUGAAACCAUAUCAACUUGUUGGUCUAAAUUGGCUUCGCCUGCUACAUCAUGAACAAGUAAAUGGAAUACUAGCAGAUGAAAUGGGUUUAGGAAAAACAGUUCAAGCCAUUGCUUUCCUAGCCAGCCUUUGGGAAAAUGGAAAUCGUGGUCCACAUCUCAUUAUUUGUCCUAGUUCCACACAAGAUAACUGGCAGCGCGAAUUGAGUCUCUGGUGUCCUCACUUAAAAGUGCUUGUUUACCAAGGAUCUGCUGAACAACGAAAAGCUAUUCGUUUAAAAGUGUAUGAAUCUGAAUCUCAACCAGAUUUCAAUGUGUUAUUAACCAGCUAUGCUGUCGGGACUAGUGCUAUCGAAGAUAGAGCUUUAAUGAAGCGCGUUAACUUUUAUUAUGGAUCUUUGAUGAGGCACAUAUGCUGA